AUGUUCGCCGCUAAGCUUCUUCUCGCCACCGCCUUCGCUGCCAUCGUCGUCCUCGCGGACGACUACGUCCAUUGCGAGACGUCCGACGCCAGCCCGCCCGUGACCGGCUGCCAGACCAUUUCGGACGGCUUUGCGCAGGGUGCAGACCCCGACUGCGCGCAGCCAUACGGCUCCGGCUGCCGGACGGUCGUCUCGAACAACCUGGGGUGCACUUUCGUGCUCUGCAUGCAGGACGGCACGUCUCCGCAGUGCUCGGAUCCGGCCAGCGCUGCGAAGUUCACGAAGGCGCUCAUCGACCAGUGCGCGAAGGAUGGGAAGGUCGGCGGGUAUUACCACCAGGAUCUGGGAGACGGCCAUUAUCUGAACUACGAGUUCACGGCGAAGUAG